UCUGUCCUUCCAAAGUAUCAUUCAAAUCGCCCACACUUAAAUUAAAAUUAAGAGCUUUAAAAGCAAUCCCAACCCACUUCUGCCUGAACCCUAUUAUAUAUAUCGAAUAUCUAUGCAGAUAAUUCAAUAUCAAAACCUCACCUCAAUUCAUCAUCUGGGUUCCUAAUCCACCACCCAUCGCCGCCGUGCCUUUUCCAUUAUCAUCAAGGUUAGAUUUUUUUAAAUUGGAUAUUUAAUUUCAUGAUUCUUUGAUUUAAACAAAACAAAAACAGGGGAGAGAAAAAGAUGAGUCGCCGAAACGGUCAAAGGCUUGAUAUGAAGCUCAACUUGUCGCAGCCAAGGGUUAUGCCACGACGGGAAUCGCCAAACCAAACCGCAUCCGAAUCGCCCCCGAGUUCUUGCGUUUCGUCGGAGGAGAAUCUCCGGACAUCUAUCGUCCGCGGCGGCGAAAACAGUCCGGAGGCGACCUCGAUGAUGUUGGUGGGAUGUCCUAGGUGUCUUAUGUAUGUCAUGCUCGCCGAAGAUGAUCCUCGUUGCCCUAAAUGUAAGAGCACCGUAUUACUUGAUGUCGGAGGCGAGAGCUCCGUUGCCGCCGGCAACCGGAAAAAUAAGAAACGCUAGUUAACCACUCUGUUUUUCUCUCUAUCUGACUAAUCGGCCAUGUCAUCUUUAAUUUCUUGUUUUCUUCGUUUCCUUUAAGGUUAAUCUUUUGAAGAUAGAGUUAUCUGGGCUCCACUUUUCUAUUAUUAUUAUAAAAAAAUAUAUGAAUUAUUACUGAUAGAAAAUGGAAAAAAAAGUGGAGCUUAGAUAACACUAUGUAUUUCAUCUUGUCUGUAAUCCUUAAUGAAAUAUUUUCAAUUUUAUUGUUAUUAGAUUGCUU